UGAUUGGUCGAAAGGUUCUUGUGUGGAAGUUGAUCGUACUCUGCAAAAGUGACGUGGAGACAGUUAAGGACAUGGCCAGCCUAUGUCCAGAACUUGACUAAAAUAUGAGAAGACCGGUCGGAACACUUGUAAGAUAUAGGAUGUGAGGAUAUGUUAUCGAAAUAAACUUUGAGAAAACGAACUGUAAUCCAAGAAACCGGAAGACGACUUACCUGGCUAACCAAUUAGCUCGCUAACAGGAACAGYCUCUGCUCUGCUGUUGCGUCGUAAGGUCUGUUAAUUUAGCAUUUGCAAGUUAAAUAUUGCUUUGUCACAUGAGACGAGUCGUGGAAUUUGAAGAAAGAGCUUGACUGAAGACCUGUACCUCAUAGACGCGUCCCCUGGUUGUUUGCUAUUGUUGGCACGGGGGAACUAUCGAGCCAGCUGCCAGGAUGGGCUCUCUGUUUCGCGGUGAAGAGAUGUGUCUGGCCCAGCUGUUCCUGCAGUCAGGGUCGGCAUACGACUGCAUCAGUGAACUGGGAGAACUGGGCCUGGUGGAGUUCAGAGACCUCAAUCCCAACGUGAACGCAUUCCAGCGAAAAUACGUUAGUGAGAUCAAAAAAUGUGAAGAAAUGGAGAGGAUCCUCGGAUACCUUCUCCGAGAAAUCAAGAAAGCGGAUAUUCCUCUACCAGAAAGAGAUAUGAGUCCUGUGGCUCCUUCACCUAAGCAUGUCAUGCCUAUCAUGGAACAGCUGCAGAGACUUGAGGUUGAGUUGGGUGAAGUCACCAGAAACAAAGAAAAGCUACAGAAGAAUCUGCUGGAGCUGAAGGAGUACACCCACAUGCUCCGCGUCACCCGCAACUUUGUACAGAGAGCUGCUGAGAGAGAACCACAGCAAGUGCAGUACGAGGAGUUCCCUUUUCUAGAAAAAGACACAAGGAUGGACUACAGCAGCAUGCAGAGGCUCGGAGCUAAACUGGGAUUCCUUUCUGGGCUGAUUCAAAGAGCAAAAAUUGAGGCCUUUGAGAGAAUGCUUUGGAGAGUGUGCAAAGGUUACACCAUCCUCAGUUAUGCUGAAGUUGAAGAGUAUCUAGAAAAUCCUGAAACAGGUGAGCCUGUGAAAUGUGUGGUCUUCCUGAUAUCUUACUGGGGAGAYCAAAUUGGUCAGAAAGUGAAAAAGAUCUGUGAUUGCUACCACUGCCACUUGUAUCCAUACCCCAGUAGCAACGAUGAGAGGAACGAUGUUGUGGAAGGAUUAAGAACUCGCAUUCAGGAUCUGCACACAGUGCUUCAUAGGACAGAGGAUUACCUGAAACAGGUCUUGAUCAGGGCCUCAGAGUCGGUCUACACCUGGGUCAUCCAGGUCAAGAAAAUGAAGGCCAUAUACUACAUUCUGAACCUGUGCAGUUUUGACGUGACCAACAAGUGCCUGAUUGCGGAGGUGUGGUGUCCUGUUAAUGACAUUCCUAAGCUGCGCAGAGCCCUGGAAGACGGAUCGAGAAAGAGUGGUGCGACGGUUCCCUCUUUUGUCAACCGUAUUCCCACCACCGACACUCCCCCCACCCUUAUUAGAACCAACAAGUUUACCUCUGGCUUCCAGAACAUUGUAGAUGCCUAUGGAGUGUGUUCCUACAGGGAGGUAAACCCUGCUCCGUUUACAAUCAUAACAUUCCCGUUCCUGUUUGCUGUGAUGUUCGGAGACCUYGGUCACGGAGUUCUCAUGGCUCUGUUUGCCUCCUGGAUGGUUCUGUAUGAAAACAACCGCAAACUUAAAAACACCAGGAAUGAGAUUUGGAACACGUUCUUCGAGGGGCGUUAUAUAAUUCUGAUGAUGGGCCUGUUCUCCAUCUACACUGGGCUCAUUUACAACGACUGUUUCUCCAAGUCCCUUAAUAUUUUCGGGUCUGGGUGGAGCGUGAAGGCCAUGUAUGAUGCUAAAGUGUGGACGAAAAAUGACGUUCUUGGGAAUAGUUUUCUCACUCUGGAUCCAAACAUUACUGGAGUUUUUCAUGGACCGUACCCUCUAGGAAUCGAUCCGAUUUGGAACUUGGCUUCCAACCGCCUCACAUUCCUCAACUCCUAUAAGAUGAAGAUGUCUGUGAUUUUGGGCAUCAUACAUAUGAGCUUUGGAGUGAUCCUCAGCACUUUUAAUCACACAUACUUUCGGAAGAAGUACAAUCUCUACUUGGUAUUCCUGCCUGAACUGGUGUUCCUGUUGUGUCUGUUUGGCUACUUGGUGUUCAUGAUUUUCUACAAGUGGUUGGCCUACACUGCAAACGACUCCAGUUGUGCUCCCAGCAUUCUCAUUCACUUCAUAAACAUGUUCCUCAUGCAAGGUGAUGAACAGCCAGGUGAUGAAAAGCACUGUCCUGAAAAGAAGCGCCUCUACCCAGGACAGACUGGCCUGCAGGUAUUUCUGGUGGUCAUUGCUGUUCUUUCAGUACCUGUGUUACUCCUGGGGAAACCACUUUACCUUUACUGGCUUCAGAACAGAAGUCACCACCUGGGAAUGUACAGGGGAUAUGAGCGCGUGAGAAGAAACAGUGAUGAGGAGCUCUGCCUGCUGAGGACUCAUGAUGAUGAGGAGGGCAGCAGCCACAGCGAGUUCUCCGGCAGCAGAGAACACCUCUCAGAGGAGUUUAACUUUGCAGACGAGUUUCUUCAUCAAUCCAUUCACACUAUAGAGUACUGCCUGGGCUGCAUCUCAAACACAGCGUCGUAUCUGAGGCUCUGGGCUCUGAGCUUGGCACAYGCUCAGCUAUCGGAGGUCCUGUGGGCCAUGGUGAUGAGGGUGGGUCUACGAAUGGACACCACACUUGGGGUUUUAUUUCUGAUCCCRGUGUUUGUGCUUUUUGCCAUUCUCACCGUGUCCAUCCUCCUGGUUAUGGAGGGACUCUCUGCUUUCCUUCAUGCCCUUCGGCUGCACUGGGUGGAGUUUCAAAAUAAAUUCUACAGUGGGACAGGAGUCAAGUUUUGCCCGUUUUCCUUCUCUCUGCUGCCUUCCAGCUUUGAACAGGAUGGCUUACUUUGAAGAGACUAUCUAAUAAUACCAACAGCUGGAAAACAGAAGAAAACAAGCCAGCAGGGUCCUUUUGGUUAUGAAGACUAAUUUCAGGGAUGUCACUUAUAUAUAUUAUUAUUAUUUUAAGUUAUGUGAAUAAAUGAUAUGGUGAGUUACAGAAACCCUCAACUGAAGCACAAUCACCUCCCAGAGGUUUCCUGAACAGACCCAGUUGGACAGUGUUUCUUAUUGCAGUUUCAUGUAACAGAGUAUAUUUUUUUACCAGGAUCAGGAUGCUUCAGUGCAGAACAUUUUGAAACGCUGUGGAAUUAAUACACUGGGAAGAAUGAAGGUCAUUAAAACGGAGAGCUUUGACCUCUGAAUGCAACAUCUGUCAAAAGAAGAUGGAUUACUUUAGUAUUAAAUGGUAACAAUACAAAAAAAGAAGCUCCUUUCAGUUUGCUUCGGUUAAACCUUUAUAUAGAAAACUUUGUUUGGACUUUAUGGGAUUUCUUAUGAAAAACUUAAAAAGCUAAAUAACAUUUACUAAACCUUUUUAGGGAAAAAAAUACUUCCAAAAAGUUUUUCUUUUUCUCAAUUUUUCUAGUUUAGCACGUUUUCUAAUAUUGCCGUGACUUUGCUGAGCUUCACUCAUGCAGAUCUGGUUCCUCUGCAGUAACAGUUUUUCUUGUUGAAAAGUAUUUGCACAUUGAUUCAGUUUAAAAAAAAAAAAAAAAAAAGCAUAUAUUUUAUUGACCAAAAUAUAACAAACAGAAGAAAACUAAGAUCCGGUCUGUCAUGCAGACGUUUCACUGUGGCAUCAGGAUGUCACUACGAGCCCAGCUGAGUCUCUUCAUGCAGAACUGCUGUUGAUUCAGACUCUUCUGUGUGUUACUCACACAUUGCCUCUAAAGCAGCUUCUUCUUUUCCSUUCAGAGCCGGUUAAAUYGCGUGGUGUAGAAGACUUUAGCUGUCUCGUCACAUAGGAUGAUGUCUUUCUGCAGCUCUGACAUCAUUGUGACAUACUGAUCCCUCACUCAUAGCCUUAAUGAAAUCUGCUCCAUCUAAGACGAACUGAUCCUCUCACUCCAGUGCUUUGUGACAAGGGUGUGUUUGAUGAUUAAUGCCUUUCCUCUUAGUCUUGUURAAGUGCAGGUAAUGGUGUAACCCUACCUCAGCUUUGGUGGAGUUUUGAUACCGAGACACAGUGAAGUCGUUUGGGCCUUGUUGUGUUGUGUACUGCCUGAGCAGCUGUGUGUGUAUGCUGGUUCAGAAAUAUAUAUUUUUAAACAUUUAUUAGAAUGUGUGUCAAAAUUACAGAUGGAUGCUGAUUGGAUGAUUUUUUUUGUAAUUUCUAACAAUUUUUGUCAGUAUUGCCUUUUUACCUGCUGCUGAAUGUAAAACAGAGAAGUUCCUAAAACAUGUAUUUGUUGAUUUGUCUUUGCUGGUUUGAAACAAAAGUCCUGCAUUUAUAUUUCAGCCUAGUGUCUGUUGACGUGAGCCAUUAAAAUUUGUUUAUUCUGCGUGGAAUUAGAUUUUAUUUUUAACUCAAAUCCAACUUUUUUUGACAUCUUUGUAUUUAAUGUCUUCUUGUUCACUGGCAGCACAUUCCAUUAUUUAACUGGUACAUGGUUUUUAGAAUGUCAGAUUUUAGCUUUUUGUUUCUCCUUUGUACAAAACUAAUGUGAAAAUAAGACUGCCUGGUUGUCUGUCUUAUAUGCUUUAUUAUUUUCUGCCCAGAAUUGUCUCUUUGCCUUUCAAGCAGAAAGCCAAAGCACAAUAAACACAACAGGAAUACGAUCUGUAAYGAGAUUUUUUGGUAGAAUUUAAAAUGUGUAUUUAGUAAUGUGAUGAGUUAUGUUUGGCCUUAUACCAUUCUUCUUAUUCACAUAAAUACUUUCAUCUUCAAGCACUCCACUCACCUCGUUUUAACAAUUUGUCCUCAAUAAUAAAAGAUUUAAUUUGUCACAGUCA